GACUGGCUCAUUUGAAUCUGGAUAGGGAGGUGGAGAAGACCUCUGGCUGCUUUAGAGCCAGAGCUGAUAUAUCAGCAUCCGAGAAACACAUCCGUUAAUCGCACAUCACUGGGAUCGUGUUUGCUGAAUAUCCAAUGAUAAUAGAAGGGAAACGAUUCCGGCUUUGAGAAGAACUGAGACAUACCGGGGGGUUCUCGAUUAACGAUAGAAGUUCGGAACCAGAAAAGGAGAAAGAAAGAAUAGUGUUAUUUUUUCCCCAUACAGAUCAGCCAAUUUUAAACCAUCAAUAAUGACUAGAAGAUCGUGUGCCAUUUACGCCACGGGGAUCGUGUGCGCUCAUUUGCUCAUUUUGGGGAUCGCCCUUCUGGUGGCUCAAGUCUUCCAAACAAUGAUUCAGGAGCGGUUAAAAAAGGAGAUCACACUGGGUAAAAACAGCAGAGUAUUGGAGGGCUGGAUAAAUCCACCGCCUCCUGUUUACAUGCAGUAUUUCUUCUUCAAUGUUACCAAUCCAGAUGAGUUCUUGGCUGGAAAGGAAAAACCCAAAGUCACUCAAAUAGGGCCAUAUACCUACAGGGAAUAUCGACCAAGGGAAAAUGUCUCUUUCCUUGAGAAUGGGACGAAAAUCUUUGCCACAAAUCCCAAGAGCUUUGUGUUUCUUCGCAACUUGUCAGUGGGAGAUCCUGAGGUUGACCGUGUGACAACCGUUAACAUUCCAUUCAUUGCCGUGAUGAACGAGUUGAACUCCUACUCCUUCUUUCUGAGGACUGCUGUGUCUAUGUGGAUGGGAUCCAUGGGCAUCGGCGUGUUUAUGGAUCGCACAGUCCAUGAGGUCCUGUGGGGUUUCAAAGACCCGCUGAUGUCCAAACUCCACACCAUGAGACCAGAAGUGGAUGAGCAUUUCGGCCUUAUGUACAACAAAAAUGGAACCCAUGAGGGUGAAUUUGUCUUCCACACCGGAGAGAAGAACUAUAUGGACUACGGCAAGAUUGACACGUGGAACGGCAUCAGUCAGAUGAACUGGUGGUCGUCUAACCAGAGCAACAUGAUCAAUGGUACCGAUGGCAGUGUCUUCCACACCUUCCUUUCCAGGAAAGAACUCCUGUACAUCUUUGCUGCUGAUCUGUGCCGAUCCAUUCAUUUGGGUUACGUUAGAGACACAGAGGUGAAGGGUAUCCCUGCGUUCCGCUUCGCCCCUCCUUCGGAUGUACUGGCUCCCCCAGAUGAGAAUCCCAAUAACGCUGGCUUCUGCGUGCCUGCUGGAGACUGUCUUGGAAAAGGAGUCCUUAAAGUGAGCGUCUGUCGGCAAGGUGCACCCAUUGUUGUAUCAUUCCCUCAUUUCUACCAAGCCGACGAGAGGUACAUCAAUGCCAUUGAAGGAAUGAACCCAAAUGAAGAGGAACACGAAACAUACCUCGACAUCAACCCGACCACAGGGGUCCCCAUUCGUGCUUGUAAGAGAGCUCAGCUCAAUGUCAUACUGAAGAGAGUCAGUGGCUUCGUCAAAACAAAAUUCCUGAAUGAGACCAUUUUCCCCAUUAUGUAUGUCAACGAGACUGCAACUAUCGACGAUGAUUCCGCAACCCAGAUGAGGACGCUUCUGUUGAUUGUAACGUUGGUGUCCAACUUCCCAGUCAUCAUUGUUGGGAUGGGGGUCAUUUUACUUAUGGUCCUAAUCUUCCUCAUCUGCAGGAACCGCCAGAGACAGAAUGAAGUAAAACGUAUUGAUUUUACUGAAGCUUUUCAUUCUUUUGCUACGACGAAAGACGAAACGGCUUACACCCAAGUGAGCAACCAAGCGGAGGAUUCGCCGGAGAACCGCAACAGUCAGCCUUUGAGGAACGGAUCGUAUAUUGCCAUGUCACCAGUGGAGGCACAAAAGUGUUGAUGAAGGACAUGACGUCUACCAGUAGUGCAUCCUCACCCUUUUUUUAUGUUUUCACUGUGCGAUUCGUCUGCGCGCUCACCACCGUAUGCCGAGGGUCACUUAUUUUGAUUCGUGACUUUUUUUUCUUUCUUUGAACAUGGCCUUCUCAAACGGCCAUAUCUUCAAAUGUAAAUUCAAAAGAUCCAAUUCAAUUUUGAACAACCGUUUCUGGGCUUCCAGAGGCUCCUGUUGCCUAGUCCUGAGAGGCCUGAAACACUCUUUUGCCUUUUCAAAACACACAUAUGCAUUGCAUGCCAACAGAGUCCAUAGUUCCUGAAGGCACGAGAGCGUGUGAGGGGAGAACACUCGUGUCCAGGACGGCCUUAAAGUGUUUCAGAUCUCUUGCCACACUACUGUAUUCAGGUCUACACAGGCAGACCUUCAACUAACACAACUCUUCAUGUGUCAAACCCUUUGAUAAUGAGCAAACUAUUGAUUUACCUCCUCUAAGAGUAUUAGAGAGCUAAAAAGGUCUAAUAUGCUAACAAAAUCUGGAUCUUAUCCAGAACUUGUGUGUGUGUGUGUGUGUGUGUGUGUGUGUGAUUCUACAUACCAGUAUGUGUGUGUGUAAUUAUGUGUGUGUAUGUCUGCAGGCAUGUCAAUGCUUGCAUGUUUGUGUCACACUGUAGUGAACUGCUCUGGUGGAUCACCGUCCACCUCUUUGCACGAUGCAGUGUGACGACAAGUGGAAACUAGUGAUUUUGAGCGGUCCUCUCUAUUUCAUAGCAUCAGAGUCAGAAAUAUUUCAGUGAUGGCGGCUGUUGAAAAAAGGUCAGACAUUUUCCUUUAAGGCAUCAAAGUCGUACUAGCUUUUAGCGUUUUGUUAGAAAAUGAACAACAGACGUAGAACACUCACAAGCGAGACUUGAACAUUUUCUGCCUUACGAACACUUACGAACACAAUGUGAUUCUUCUGCGUGGUAAUGGCAGGUACACGGUGGAACUAGGCGAAACGUCAGGCAAACUUCUGUGAAUCGGUGUCGGACUUGGAACUACAUCCCUAAACGCGUCUGCGAGAGCACAACGACAGUUCGCUGAACCCACAGUCUAAUCAGAGCGGAUUAGGGUUAUAUGGGGUUAUCGGUGAGGUUUGCACAUCAUUUUCUUUAUUUGUGCACAGUGGGCGAAAGAGACUAGCACUUGAAUCACUGCUUGUCUGUUGAGUUUAAUAUUCGUUAAGAUUUUUCUGUCUUUGAUUGUCGGAGCCUUCGCCAUUGCUUUGUCAUCAGUCUGAAGUUGCCAUAACCCUUGUGUGUAGUAACACAAGACUUGAGUAUCUGUAAAUCAUUCCCGUUUUGGAGACACUCGCUGGAAUGAUUGGUGUUUGUUACUUUUACUUGACGUAAACAUCUGUUACCUAAUUGCGACCACGGUUUGCGUGGAUUGCAGUGCACAUUGUUGCGUCUUUUGCCUGUGCCAUGGAUUUCGCUUACCUUAAAGAUUUAGUCCAAGGUUUAAACUGGAAACACUGUAUUCGCAGUGUCUUGUGCAGCUGAAUCUGAACAGAAAACUGAGGGAAAGUCAUUCAAGCUUAAGUGUAAUUCACUACCGGACCAUUACAGUGGCUCUCGGAGAGUAACAGAGUUUUUGUUGUCAGUGCAAAUAGUAUAUCAAUUUACUUUUAAAAUGGUCUUUGACGGUCUCCUUUAACACACUAGGCUGAACAAGGACCCAGCUGGAACAGUGGUGGGACGUAAAACGUGACUUGAGUAUGAAAGAUCUAUGAACCUGAGCCAUUUCUGUACAGAUUCCUCACGGUGACUUUUGCCCCGAUAUGCUUGACCAAAGAUUAGAUAACUGGCUUGUUUGCUGUCCACACAGAUAGCUGUAUCGCUAUCGACUUCCCAUUUGAAAGAGCAUUAGAACCUCAUUGUCUACAAAGGCAAAUAAGAAAAAAAAAAAUAAGAAAAAAAAUAUUUUCCAGGGCAUACUAUAUGAG